AUGGCCCUAUUACAAGAGACGAAAUUAGACUCCACUCGAAUCAAGAUUUUGGAGUCAUUUGCCAAGGCUGUGAGAAUGGAGAGUGUGUCCAUACCUGCUACAGGUUCAGCGGGGGGAUUAAUAACUCUGUGGAACUCUGCUACCUUCACUAUGGAAUCAGUAAUUAAAAACGAAAGAUUCAUCGGUCUGCUAGUAAAGUCAUUAAAGGAUUCCCUGUUGCUCUUCAUUGUUAAUGUCUACGGCCCCAAUGCGGAUAGUGAAAGGUAUGAUUUCUUCAAUCUAUUGACUGAGGCUCUGAAUGUGAAUAAUUGUUGUACCAUUCUGGGUGGGGAUUUUAAUGCUAUCCUAAAUGAAGGGGAAAGGACUGGUAAUCAAGGAGGAGUGGAGAACUGCUUUUCUGAAUUUGUAGCAGGCUCUAAUCUUAUUGAUCUACCACUGCAAAAUGACAAAUAUACAUGGUACAGCUCGCGUUUGGGAGGAAUUUGGAGUCGCCUAGAUAGGUGGCUAGUGAGUGAAGAAGCCAUAAACAAAUUCGAAGGAAUAUGCCAAUCGGUGGAAAAUUGGGGAUUAUCAGACCAUCGACCAAUUAUACUAACGUUGGGGGCCAUUAAUUUUGGACCCAAACCUUUCUUGUUCUAUAAUCAUUGGCUCCUGGACAAAGAAUUUGAACAAUUGGUGUCACAAUGGUGGUGUUCCGCUACAGUAGUGGGUUGGUCAGCUUUUGUACUACAAGAAAAAUUGAAAGGACUGAAAUCAGUAAUAAAGGAAUGGAGAGGCUACGCUGGUUCAGCUAAUAGGGAAAAAAUAACCGCUCUAGAAACGGAACUACAGGUGACUAUGGACAGAUUAUCCUCAGAAGGGGCAGAUGCAACACUUAGACAAAAACGGUUGUACAUCCUCGAUGUUAAGGGUGAAGUGGUGAAAUUCUUUGAUGAUUUCCAUAACACGUGGAAGUUAGUAAAAGGCCUUAAUGCUACCUUCAUAGCUCUAAUUCCAAAACAUAAUAAUCCCUCGGCUGUCACUGAUUUCAGACCAAUCAGUUUGAUCGGUAGUGCUUAUAAAUUGAUCUCUAAGGUACUAGCAUCGAGAUUACAGAGAGUUGCCCCCUUGCUGGUCUCAGAGAACCAAUUUGCUUUCACACACGGGCGACAAAUUUCUGACUGCAUCCUUAUUGCUAACGAGGUGGUUGAUCUCUUGAAAAAGAGAGAAGACGGAGGAUUUCUAUUAAAACUUGAUUUCGCCAAAGCAUAUGAUAAUGUGGAGUGGAGUUUCCUACUCGAUAUCCUCAAGGAAAUGAACUUUGGUGAGCGAUGGAUCAAUUGGAUUCGUACUUGUGUCUCUACAGCUACUCUGUCAAUCUUGGUAAAUGGCUCAUCUACAAGUUUCUUUGAUAUGGAAAAGGGGCUCCGACAAGGUGACCCGUUAUCCCCCCUCUUAUUUAAUCUAUGUGCAAAUGGACUUUCUUGCAUGUUGAACCAACUCUUAGGAGAAGUUCUCUUUAGUGGUGUGAGAAUUGGAACUGGCCUAGCUCUGAACCACCUACAGUUUGCAGAUGAUACGCUACUGUUUUGUGAGAAUGACGAAAACCAAAUAGAUCUGCUUUGCAAUGCCUUAUUGUCAUUCCUCUUUGCGUCUGGACUCAAAGUGAAUUUGCACAAGACAUUUCUAAUCGGGUGUAAUGUUGAAGUGUCAGAGGUGGAAAGAAUUGCUGGCCUUUAUGGCUGGAAUAUUGGACAAUUGCCAUUACUCUACCUUGGUGCCCCCCUAGGUGGGAAUCCUCGUCGUAUCUCUUUUUGGGAACCAAUGCUGGAUAAACUUAUAAGGAAAAGGCGGACAUGGAAUUCAAAAUUCAUCUCUUUAAGCGGUAGAUUGACGCUGAUGAAGGCAGCCCUUUGCUCGGUUCCUCUAUUCCUAAUGGCUGUAUUCAAAGCACCUAUAAAGGUCAUAGGGGAAGUGGAGAAAAUCUUACGUAGUUUCCUUUGGGGAAAGGAAGAGAAUGGCAGAAAAAUCGCUUGGAUUCUGUGGUCCUUGAUCUGCAAAUCUCAUGAACACGGGGGUCUUGGUCUUGGUUUCGUUGGGUGGAAGAACAAAGCUCUCUUACUCAAAUGGGCUUGGCGCUUUGGAGUAGAACACAAAAGCUUGUGGAGGAGACUACUCAUUGCUAAAUAUGCGCUGGACCCUAGGCUAUUGUUCUUCCACAUGGCUAUGGUGGAAGCAAAAAAUUGGUCCAUUCUCAUGCAAGACAUUGUGAACAUUUUGUAUGAAGACUCCUUGGUAGCCAAAGGAUUGAAAGAAGGACUGAUUGUCAACAUUGGAGAUGGAUCAAAUACCAGAUUCUGGGAAGAUCCAUGGGUAGAUAUUAUGCCACUCCGAAAUAGAUUUCCUCGGCUGUUUGCCAUGAGCUCGAAUAAAUUGAGCAUGGUGGCAGAAGUGGGAAUUAUUGUGCAAGGGAAAUGGACCUGGGACCUAGCAUUCAGAAGAGAUUUUUUUGAUUGGGAAUUGGAGAUACAUAGCACCUUCAUCAACCUUAUAAAUAGUCAUUUUCCUUCGAGAGGAUCCAGGGACCACAUAUGCUGGUGUUUUGAAAGUUCCGGGUUAUUCUCAGUGAAAGGAUUAUGCAAGUGGAUCGAGGACAAGGUAAAUGAAGGAGAACAAUGGGCACUACCAUCUCAGGUGAAGAAAAUAGUCCCACCUAAGGUGGGAUUGCUAUUUUGGCAGGGGUGUUACAACAAGAUAGCUUGCAAACAAAAUCUUCUGAGUCGCGGGGUUUCUUUGGAGGACAAUGGACUUUGCUCGCUAUGCUCCCAAGCUCCUGAAACUGCUAAUCACCUUUUCCUACACUGCCUGCUGUCUUGGAGCAUGUGGAGCGACAUAGUAAAAAGAGAAGGUGUUCAUGGGUUCUUCCAAACUCACUGGUUGAUCUAG